GUGGAACUCGUGCCCACUCGAUUUGGACCCCUGCGCGUGACUAUAUCUGGCGACCGCCGGAAUCACCCACUCUUCACGUAUCACGACAUCGCUCUCGAUCACGCGUCGUGCUUCGGAGCGCUCUUUAGGUGCCCCGACACCGCGCCGCUGUUGCGGCAGCACUUCUGCGUCUUCCACGUCGACGCGCCCGACCAUGAGGUGGGAGCGGCAUCAGGGCGGCAGCAGCGGAGAAGGCUAUCGGCGGACGACUUGGCGGACCAGGUCGCGGACGCCAUCGCGCACUUGGGCCUCCCCGCGGUGACGGGCCUUGGCGUCACGGCAGGCGCGUACGUCCUCACGCUGCUCGCGGCGCAUCAGAUCAAGCGGCCAGAGCUGGUGCGGGCGCUCAUCCUGGUGUCGCCGGUGUGCCGCACGCCCACGUGGAGCGAGUGGGCCUUCAACAAGUUGCUGCUGUCGGUGCUGUCUCUAUCGGGGCUGCCCGCCCUUGUGUCGGGCGCCUUCUCUGGCCGAUACGUCAGUCCAGCCUCGCACACCAAGGGCGGCACCACUGCCGCCACACACCUCACAUGUCAGUCGCUCGCGGCUCAGCCGCUUUCACCACGGACGCAGCCCUCGCACCCGAUAGCAGGGGAGGGCGAGGAGAGGGAUCCGCGUGCCGUGGCACAGUAUGCUGACGCAUUCAACAAUCGGCAGGACAUAACGGAGCAGGUGCGGCGGAUCACAUGUCCAUGCCUCGUGCUCGUGGGCGAGCACUCCGCCUUCCGAGACGAUGCCCUGCACCUGCACAAGCACCUACCGCCAGACCUCGCCGCCUGGUUCCAGGUGCCAUCCAGUGGGUCACUGGUGACAGUGGAGUGCCCCCACCGCCUCUACUCCCCCCUUGACAAGUUCCUUCGCACCACAAGCUUCCCCCGCCCCACCUGCUCGCCCCCACACCCCCCUUCUGCCGUCCCCCACUCCUGCCCGCCUCCCUUCCUGCACGCGUCCCCCCUCCCCCUUCCCUGGGCGUCCUCCCUGCCCCCUCGCUCCACCACUCACCCUCCUUCCGCGCGGAGGAUCUCUCCCUGGAAGCAAUCGCCUGCAAACUCAAGCCCAUUCGCACGCGCAUGCCGCCCGGGGUGCCCGGCGUGGGUAAUGGGCUGCUACCUCGUGGGAAACCGGGGUGGUGCUGAGGCCAGUGCUGCCAGCUCUGGGUCCCUUGACCGCUGCUUGGAGCGGGGGAGCAACCAGUUGUACGUCAAGAUAGAGUGCAGCUGGCUAGGGCAUGUGUGCCAUUAG